AUGAGACCUGGCUUCUCCAUAAGUCGGCUCUGCGUCCAUCCGGGCUUCCGAACAUAUCCCAACGUCAAUGCCCAUGCCAGGUCCAACAUCACCAUCCUCACCCGUCGAUUCGCCUCGCAAGUUUCACGCACUCCUCGUUUCACAAAAUGGUCAACGGGUACUUCGAAAAGAAUAGCUCUGCGUGCGUCCGCUGGCGCUGCGGCCCUAGGAACAGCUGCAUUUGUUGAGCUGUCGCAACAGGAGAAUGGCAGUGAUCAAGAAACAGGAGAGAAGCGCAUGCUCGAGGUAUCGCGAGCCGAGGUGAGAAAGGGCGUCUCAGCUGAUUCCCACGGUCUCGCACGAUUGGGAGAGCGCAUCAAGUACUUGAUCGACCUGUUAAUCAUUGAACCUGUCUGCACUGGUGUUCGCUUCCUCCAACUUGUCGUCAUCUUCGUUCCUGUUAUCAUUACCAUCCCCGUCAUCUACUUCGGAAACCGACAACCUUCACGAGACAAUGAACGAUCCGGGACACUAUGGUGGUAUGGCUUCUUGGUCAACGAGAUGGAAUUGGCUGGCCCAGCCUUCAUUAAACUUGGGCAAUGGGCUGCUUCGCGAACCGACAUCUUCCCAACCGAAAUGUGCGAGAUCAUGUCGAAACUCCAUUCAAAUGCUCCUGCGCAUUCCCUCCAUGCCACACGUGUGACUGUUGAGGCUGCAUUCGGUGGCCGUCGCUUCGAGGAUAUCUUCGACGAGUUUCAGGAGCAGCCUCUGGGUGUUGGCGCUAUUGCUCAGGUCUACAAGGCCAAGUUGAAGCCUGGCCUAGCCAAGCCAGAAGAUUCUGAGCUCCAAGACUCUUACCCUCUGGCGCGAAACGUGAAGCGUAACGUUGACACAGUACUGAAGAGCUCACCACAAAGAGUACCUUCAACUUAUGUGGCUGUCAAAGUGCUACAUCCGCACGUGGAAAGAACUGUCCGGAGAGAUCUUCGCAUCAUGGGCUUCUUUGCUUCCCUCCUCAAUUUAAUCCCCACCAUUGAGUGGCUCUCUCUGCCGGACGAGGUUACACAGUUUGGAGAGAUGAUGAAGCUCCAGCUUGAUCUUCGUAUUGAGGCUGCGAACCUGGCAACAUUCCGAAAGAACUUCAAGGAUCGGUCCACAGCUUGGUUCCCAUAUCCAUACACAGAAUACACGUCGCGUAACGUUCUGAUAGAGGAGUAUGCUCAGGGAAUACCGCUGGCGGAUUUCAUGGAGAAUGGAGGUGGCGUGUUCCAACAUGAUAUUGCCGAUGAGGGCCUAGACGCUUUCCUUCGCAUGCUGCUCCUCGAUAACUUCAUCCACGCCGAUCUCCAUCCCGGAAACAUCAUGGUGCGGUUCUACCAGUCUGCCCACCCGGAUUUACGUCUGCGAAAGAGUAUGACCAAGGCUCACCCUGAUGAGAAAGAAGAUGUGACCGAGCAAGUGCUUGAAAGACUCCGGCCAUAUCGUCACCGCAAAGACCCAAAGGCAUGGGAGGCAGAGCUGGCGAAGAUUGAUGCUGAGGGUUUCAGACCCCAGCUCAUUUUUAUCGACACAGGACUGGUAACAGAACUUAAUGCCGUGAACCGAGAUAAUUUCCUUGCCCUCUUCCGAGCUGUCGCCGAGUUCGACGGCUACAAGGCUGGCCAUCUUAUGUGCGAGCGCUGCCGUCAACCAGACGCUGUGCUUGAUAAAGAGGUAUUUGCCCUCAAAAUGCAGCAUCUUGUCAUCGGCGUCAAGAGCCGUACUCUGGCCCUGGGUAACGUGAAGAUCGGCGACAUCUUGCAACAGGUGCUCAGCAUGGUUCGAAACCACCAUGUUCGUCUUGAGGGCGAUUUCGUCAACGUCGUCAUCAGCAUUCUUCUCCUCGAGGGUAUCGGCCGUAGCUUGAAUCCCGACGUCGAUCUACUCAGCAGCUCGCUGCCAAUUCUACGCCAGCUCAGUGCUCAGAGCGGUACCGACAUGGCCAAGCACGGAGACUUCUCCAUGUUGGUGGUCUGGCUAGGAUUGGAAGCCAGGCGAUUUAUGCAGGUCAGCAUCGAAGAUGUCGAGCGAUGCGUCAAAUACGAUCAACUUUCACCCAAUGUAUAA